AUGAGCAAGAAUCUGCUUUCGGUACCGCAGAUCAACAAGGUUGGCAGGUUCCAAGUCGUGUUCGAUGGGUCCAAGAUGCAAGCAACGCACAAGAAUUCCCCACAAGUCGUGGCAAUAGCGGAUCUCGUCGAUGGACUCUACUGGCUGCGGACUUCCCAACGAUCGGCAAAUGCAGCUACACACAAUGGGGACAUCGACUUGCACCCGCGCAUGGGUCAUGCACCCCUCGUUGUUCUGCGCAAAAUUGUUGACAGUCAUCGGUUUUCUACCAGUAUUGGUAACCGUGACCGGUCCAAUCCGAACCGCCUGUUCAGCUUAGUAUUUACGACGUAG